AAUAUACCAGGCUAACCCCACCCACCUCCCCCAAAUUCCACUGCCCUUGUUGCUCUUCAGUCUGGAAGUAAAUGGAUAAUCACUUUGUUUACCAAGGAAACCGGAUGGAGCACCCAUUUUUCACGGCGGCCGCCACCCGCACGGAGGCGCUGCGGUGGCUGACCAUCGCGGAGCAGCUGCUGUCGGCGCGUGACCUGCUCGGGAGCAAGUCGUUCGCCACGCGCGCCCGCGACUCCGAACCCGCGCUCGCCCACACCGCCGACGAGAUUCUCGCCGUCGCCGACACGCUCAUCGCCGGAGAUAGGAGGGUCUCGAGCAACCAGCACGACUGGUACGCGAUCCUCCGCCUCACGCCGCAGCAGGGCCGCGACGCCGCGCUCGUCGACGACCAGUACCGCAGCCUCGCCCUCAUCCUAAACCCUAGGAAAAACAGAUUCCCCUUCGCCGAACAAGCUUUCCACCUCGUCGUCAAUGCCUGGUCUUUUCUCUCCGACCCUUCCAGGAAAUCCUUGUACGACACAGAGCUUAUUUUCGGUCCGUCGCCGCCGCCACCGCCGCCGCAGCAGCAGCAUCAACCGAACCCCUAUAGUGACCCCAUUCCAACAUUGCAGCAGAACUUCAAUUUCUUCGGCGGUGGUGCUUCGAGCAACACCACCCAGCCGCCGCCGUCGCAUUCCUUUCCCCAAGUUCAACAGGUACAUGCUUUCACACAAGUCGGACCCGCAAUUAGCGGGUCAACCCACCCGCCCCGAGAACCCCAAAAUUUCAUGAGCUUCCCUUCGGGUACCAAUUUCGUUUUCGGGUCCGGGUCUGUUUCUCAUCCUAAAUCGGACCCUGCACCUCUCAAUAAUCAUGCACAAGGAAGCUAUUAUGCACCUUUCACUAGUCAUGUAGCUUCUGCUUCUGCUUCUGCUUCUGCUUCUGCUUCUGAGCCAAACCAGGAGCAAUUGAACAAUCAACAGAAACAACCCCAAGAAAACCACUCAAAUGUUAGUGAUAAUAAAACUAUUCAUAACGAAAACCCGAUUGAGAAUGUUGGAUUGACAAUCGAGGAUGAGGUAGAUGUGGAAACAAUGGAUGAGGGCGAAGAAUUGGAGGAGGAGGAGGAGGUGGGGAGAUUCGAUUCACCGGCAAACGAGGAGGAGGUGGAGAUAUCCGAUUCACCGGCGAAUGAGGAGGAGGGGUCGACUUUCUGGACCGCCUGUCCUUAUUGCUAUUACAUGUAUGAAUAUCCUGUGGUAUAUACCGACUGUACUUUGAGGUGUCAAAAUUGCAAGAGUGCGUUUCAGGCGGUGGUGAUACCUUCACCACCGCCCGUUGUGGAUGGCCAAGAUGGGUAUUUUUGCUGCUGGGCGUUUUUCCCGUUGGGUUAUUCGAUGGAGAAUUGGGAGAAAAACAAGGGUGGUUCUUCAUCUUGGACGCCAUUCUCACCCAUGUUCACUUCCCCCCAGAAUGGUAAGAAGAAACCGGCUCCUCCUAGGGUUUAUAUCGACGACGAUGAUGCUUUUCUUGAAAUUUCCUCUUCGAGCGAAUCCGAUGAUGAUGACUGGCGCAACGGUAAAGGCAAGAAAGGUAAGAAAAAGGCCAAACGUGUGCCGAAUAGAAAUGUGAAGAUUGCCGAUAAAGGUAAGAAUACGAAAGCGCAAGAUGAGCAUGUUGAGUCUUCGGACAGGGCGGAGAUUCCCGUUAAGGCGGCGUUUGAGUCCAGGAAGCAACCUGGUAGGGUUGUAAAGAGUUCCGGGAAGUUGGAUUUGAAUGUGGAGUUCUGUAAUGAAGCUGAAGAAUCUGCUCCGAGGAAGAAAGAAGGGAACGGGCCGGGCCAUGGCGUGGAAGAUAAUAUUGAAGGGAUCGGUUUCUUUGAGGGUCUUGAUGAAUUUCUUAGCAGUCUUCCGAUUCUUAACGCUGUAGGUGAUGACAAGGCCGUCAAGGCGGCUUGAUCGAAAAAAAUAAAAAAAAAAAGUAAGACCCCCUUUUUUGUGUCUUUUUUGAGCUUUCCGAGGCUGGUUAAUGUAGUAAAAAAACUUAAUCGUUUGACGUGAUUUUUGGCUUAUUGUAGUAAAUUAUGUAGAUUUAAGCUGGAUAUUAUGUUAUUAUGUUAGAACAGCUUGUUUUUUUUGUC